UCGCAAUUCGCCAUUCAGUUCAAGUGGAAAGGUUCAAAAAUGUACAAAAUUCUUGCUUUAUUCUUACUCGCAGUGUCAUCUGCAAGUGCAUUCUGGUCAGCAUGUUCAGAUCAUCCAGGAGUUUUGGCACCCACAAGCAUCACAUCACCCGCAUGUACUGGAAGUCUUUGUACUGUUGUUCGAGGAGAAGUAUUGAAUAGUGAUGUCUAUUUUGUAUUUCCAACUGCCCAUAGUCGUUUGGAUGUGAGAAUUUCUGUCAUUCUUUAUGGAGUUGAAGUCAACAUUCCACUUGAAGCACCUUAUGAUGAUGCCUGCAAUUUCAUGUACCGAGGAGGCGCAUUUGUUGGAUGUCCAACUGUGUCAGGUCAAGAGCAUUUAUGGAAAAUUGGAAUGGAAAUUCCUCAUGAAUAUCCUGCAUUCAACAACGAAGUUGUCAGAUAUGAACUUUUCGAGUCUGGUGCUCGUGUUGCUUGUGCUGAUCUUCUAACAACUGUUCUUUAAAGAAUUUUUGAAUUAAAUUUUGAUGAAAUAUUGAAAUAAAAUUAUUUUUAAAAUUAAUUUAAUUAAUAAAUGUUUUUACAUUUAAAAAGCCCACGUAAUAAGUGAACGACCCCCGACAGCAUUA